AUGACAGCUCGUCAGCCCGUGGAUGAUUUCAUAAUCAUCGGCAUCGACUUUGGAACAACAUAUUCGGGAGUUGCUUGGGCAUAUUCUCGAGAGCCGGAAGAAAUUGAGCUUGUGACAAGCUGGGAUGCUGAGCUUAACCACUGUUCAGAUGUUGAGAAAGCCCCAACUCAGUUGCUCUACGAUAACAACAAAGGCACAUCCUGGGGAUACUCUAUUCCUGCCGACAAGGAUGCCCUCAAAUGGUUCAAGCUUCUGUUGCUCGAUAGUGGCGAUGUUCCCACCGAUGUUGCAGUAUCUUGCCAGCUGCGACAUGCCCGGAAACUUCUGGAUAAGAAGAAGAGGGACCCAGUCGAGGUCAUCGCAUGCUAUUUGCGAAAGAUCUGGAACCAUGCGAUUGACUCCAUUCGCCGCAGUGUCGGGACCGAACUGUUACAGAAGUCUCAAUUUCACGUCGUCAUCACCCUGCCCGCAAUCUGGCCCCCUUACGCCCAGCAGCGCAUGAAGCAGGCUGCCAGCGCUUCAGGUAUACUCGAUGCUCGAUCAUGCGGCGACACCAAGCUUCGUUUCAUUUCAGAACCGGAAGCGGCAGCCCUCGCUACCAUCAAGGAUCUCUCCAAGAGGUCAACAAUGAAGGUUGGGGAUACUAUGGUCAUUUGCGAUGCUGGAGGCGGCACUGUAGAUCUCAUCAGCUAUCAAAUCGAAUCAAUCUCUCCAUUUGUGGUCAAGGAAUAUGUCAAGGGCGACGGCGGCCUCUGCGGUGGUGUUUUUCUUGACGAAAGAUUCCUCUUGCUUAUCAAACGAAAGCUCGCCCCUAGAUCCUGGGAGAGCGUCACCUCUGCAGAGGAGAAAAAGUUUCUGAACGAGUGUUGGGAACAUGGAAUCAAGCCUCAAUUCUCGAACCAGAACAGAACUUGGCUUGUGGACCUCCCCGAUAGUUGCAGUGUUGCAGGCUCCAGCGGAAAGCUCAAACGACGGAAGACCCUUGAACUUAGCUCAAGCGAUAUUCUGUCGGCGUACACUCCUAUCGUUCACAAGAUCGAGGGCCUUAUACGUCGACAAACCCAGGCUGUCGAGUCAAAAUUUGGGAAACCAGCAAAGUACAUCAUUCUCGUCGGUGGCUUCGGUCGUAGCUCCUAUCUGUACAGCAAGCUUCAGUCUACCUUUUUUGAGAGCACAGUUCUACAGUCGCGUGGGAACAAGCCAUGGACAGCUAUCUGCCGAGGUGCUGUAGUCCACGGCAUUACAAACUACGGCCUGUCAGCAACCCUAGGUGCAACAGUAGGCGCACGAGUAGCUCGAAACAGCUAUGGAGUAACGUUCGAUGCCGAAUUUGAUCCUCAGAAACACCGAAAAUGUGACAAAUUCUGGUCAGAAGACAGUCAGGCGUGGUAUGCUACGGACCAGAUGGAAUGGUUUCUGCGGGAGGGGGACAAUCUGUUAACAAAGAAGCCGGUUCGACAAAGCUACACUCGACUGUUCUCUGAGCCCACCGGGAUUAUCUCUGAGACCAUCUACGGCUGUUCAAUGUCACCAGCCCCCAAGACCUUGGGGCCAGCCGUGGAGAAACUAUGCGAGAUCCGCUGGACACGCGGCAUCAGCCUCGAGUCUCUUCCAACCUACACCAACCCGCUGGGCAAGGUCUAUCACGAACUUAACUUUGAGAUCGAGAUGACCUGCGAGGGUGGGAUUGUAGACUUUACCGUCUAUUAUGAGGGCAAGCGCGUCGGUGCCCACAACGUCGAUGUCCAGUUUCGUUAA